ACUGCGCGAGGAGAUGAUGUACUCCGAAGACACGCACAACGAGGACGAGAGCGACACACCCACACUCGCACCUGCACCUGUACCUGAGAGUGAUGGUCAAAGUGCAUCUGUAUCUGUCACAAACGGUGCAGACGGUGCCAUGGCCCAGCCUCCUCUCAACGGAUCCGGCCCUUCGGAGGACAACAAGUCCGUUACCCUCGCGGCGCAAAAAAGGACAGAAUCGGCCCUAAACGACGAGAAUGGGUGGGGCGCGGGCGAGGCCGAGGGGAUGCAGCUGGUGCAGCGGGUCAUGGUCACACCUCUGCGGACUGUGCCCAUCCCAGCCGAGCACGACGCCACCAACCGCAUCUUCAGAGCAUACAGCGCACACAGACACCGCUUCCUGCGCGUGUCGUUUGUGGACGAGUACUUUCACUCCAUCAUGGGCCAGGGGUGUCUCUUGUAG